GACUUCCUCACCUUUUCCGUCAUGGAUUCGAAUCCGUUUAGAGCACAAUCUCCAUACACCCAGCCAGGUCAACAGUUCUAUAGUAACAAUCAAGGAACUCCUGCUCAACAAGUUUAUGCCUCAACAGGCAACUUUCAAGCACAACAGGGCCAGUUUAAUAGCAAUCAAGGACAGCUUGGCAAUGGGCCGGCGUACGCCGGUAAUAACUCGUAUAACCAACCUAUGACGGGAUACACUUCACCACAAACGAUGCAUACACCAUCGUCCUAUAACUCGUUCGGUGGCUCCUCCAUGCCAACUCCGUCCUCCAUUUCUAUGGGCUAUUCAUCUACAGGUUACACACAGUCCAUGCCUCAACCACAGUCAUAUGCGACCAACACUAUGCAGGCGACUCCAAAUACGAAUGGUUACUCCACUGGCAAUUAUCAAAUGCCAACUCCCCAAUCCCAAUAUGCACAACAGACUGGUUACAAUACAGGCUAUCAAUCACCAGGGCACGGCAAUCAAUAUGGUUCAGACAAUAUGAUGGGAAUGAAUACUGGCUACUAUCAACAGCCAGCUGCCAAUCCCGAUAAUUUCUUGAUACCUGACUUGGGUGUAUUCAGCAACACACCUAGCACUACGUCGAGUCAACCGCAAAGAGUACAACGAUCGCAGCAAGCAAGCGAUGGAAAAGUACGAAAAGUGACCUGUCCAGUGUGCAAGCAGGAAGUUGAAGGAGAUGAGCCGGCUAUAAAUCAUCAUGUUAAUAACCAUUUGGACGACGCAGCGGCCGAGGAAUACAAGAGACAGCAAUCUCAACCUAGGUUGAGUGAUGCGCAACUUGCGCGAAAGCUGUAUGUAGACGAAGCGAACACCCGCUAUCGAUACUAAGGGAAGGGAAGAGGUUGGUUGUAUAUAAGCAUCAUGAAAUAAAACAAUUUAUACAAUAUUAUA